AUGAAGCUGUAUUGCCUGUCCGGGCACCCAACCUUACCAUGCAAUGUGCUUAAAUUCAAAUCAACCACCAUUAUGCUGGACUGUGGACUGGACAUGACUUCCACCCUCAAUUUCCUUCCUUUGCCACUUGUUCAAAGUCCCAGGCUGUCUAAUCUUCCCGGCUGGUCCCUAAAGGAUGGAAACGUUUUCUUGGACAAGGAGCUGAAGGAGUGCUCGGGCCAUGUAUUUGUGGAUUCUGUGCCUGAAUUCUGCUUACCAGAGACGGAGCUAAUAGAUCUGUCUACGGUAGAUGUGAUCCUCAUCUCUAACUACCACUGCAUGAUGGCGCUGCCCUACAUCACCGAGCACACCGGCUUCACAGGCACGGUGUACGCCACCGAGCCCACCGUCCAGAUCGGCAGGCUUCUCAUGGAAGAGCUGGUGAAUUUCAUUGAAAGAGUGCCCAAGGCGCAGUCUGCCUCCGUGUGGAAGAACAAGGACGUUCAGCGGCUGCUGCCCUCUCCGCUCAAGGACGCCGUGGAAGUAUCCACCUGGAGAAGAUGCUACUCAAUGCAGGAGGUGAACUCCGCCCUGAGUAAAAUCCAGCUGGUGGGAUAUUCUCAGAAAAUUGAGCUGUUUGGUGCGGUCCAGGUGACCCCGCUCAGCUCCGGCUAUGCCCUCGGGAGCUCCAACUGGAUUAUUCAGUCCCAUUAUGAGAAGGUGUCUUACGUCUCGGGAUCCUCCUUGCUUACCACACACCCACAGCCCAUGGACCAGGCAUCUCUCAAAAACAGCGACGUUCUCGUCCUGACCGGCCUCACCCAGAUUCCCACCGCCAACCCGGACGGCAUGGUGGGAGAGUUCUUCAGCAACCUGGCGCUGACCGUCCGGAACGGAGGAAACGUGCUGGUCCCCUGCUACCCGUCGGGGGUGAUCUACGACCUGCUGGAGUGCCUGUACCAGUACAUCGACUCGGCCGGCCUCUCCAGCAUCCCCUUCUACUUCCUCUCCCCCGUGGCGAACAGCUCCCUCGAGUUCUCCCAGAUCUUCGCUGAGUGGCUUUGUCACAACAAGCAGGCGAAGGUGUACCUCCCAGAACCACCUUUUCCUCAUGCAGAGCUCAUUCAGACCAACAAGCUGAAGCACUACCCCAGCAUCCACGGCGACUUCAGCAACGACUUCAGGCAGCCGUGCGUGGUGUUCACUGGCCACCCCUCCCUCCGCUUCGGGGACGUGGUCCAUUUCAUGGAGCUCUGGGGCAAGUCCAGUCUCAACACGGUCAUCUUCACAGAACCCGACUUCUCGUACCUGGAGGCACUGGCUCCCUACCAGCCCUUGGCCAUGAAAUGCAUUUACUGUCCCAUUGAUACCCGGCUGAAUUUCAUCCAAGUGUCCAAGCUGCUCAAAGAAGUGCAGCCCCUGCACGUGGUCUGCCCGGAGCAGUACACGCAGCCGCCCCCCACGCAAGCCCACAGGAUGGACCUGAUGAUCGACUGCCAGCCGCCGCCCAUGUCCUACCGGCGGGCCGAGGUCCUCGCCCUGCCCUUCAAGCGGCGCUACGAGAAGAUCGAGAUCAUGCCGGAGCUCGCAGAUUCGCUGGUGCCCAUGGAGAUUAAGCCUGGCAUCUCCUUGGCAACCGUUUCGGCCGUGCUGCACACUAAAGACAACAAGCAUGUUCUUCAGCCCCCACCCAGGCCGGCCCCGCCCGCGGGUGGGAAGAAGAGGAAGCGGGUGAACGAUGACAUCCCAGACUGCAAGGUUCUGAAGCCCUUGCUGAGCGGGUCCAUCCCCGUGGAGCAGUUUGUGCAGACGCUGGAGAAGCAUGGCUUCAGUGACAUCAAGGUGGAAGACACAAGCAAGGGCCACAUCGUCCUGCUCCAGGAAGCGGAGACCCUCAUCCAGAUAGAGGAAGACUCAACCCACAUCAUCUGUGACAAUGACGAGAUGCUCAGGGUACGACUGCGGGACCUUGUCCUCAAAUUCCUCCAGAAGUUCUGA